CUCCAUCCAAACAUCUCUUGAUAGUCGCUCUGCAUUGCCCAGUUCUCGUAAUAACAACAUCAAAUAACAACACCGUCCUUACUGGUCUACAAAGCCACUUACAUCAUGUCAAAUAAGAAAAUUGAGCAGUGGGAAAUUGAAAGAUACUGGGAGAUCUUCUCUACUUUAUCAAAUGGUCAACCCCGUCUGAACAACUCCCAAGCCGCCUCGGUGCUCAGGAACAGUCGGCUUCAAGAUGAGCAACUGGAAAAGGUCUGGGACCUGUCCGACGUGGAUGGUGAUGGUGAGCUAGACUUCGAGGAGUUUUGUGUCGCUAUGCGAUUAGUUUUCGACCUGGUCAAUGGUGAAUUACAAACGGUCCCGGCUGUUCUACCCGAUUGGCUCGUCCCUGAAUCCAAGUCUCAUCUAGUCCAUGCAAACCGUGCAUUGGGUACCCAGCCCGAACGAUUCGAACGGAUAGAAGUUGAAGAUGAUACCCCUGGAUUGAAAGAUGGAUUCGAAUGGUACAUGAACCCCGCCGACAAGUCCAAAUAUGAAGAUAUCUACAACGCCAACAGAAACCAACGUGGUGAAAUUGCAUUUGAAUCAUUACAACCACUCUACGAAUCUCUCGAUGUUCCCGACACUGAUGUGCGCUCUGCCUGGAACUUAGUGAACCCUUCGGCAUCCCCCACAAUUAAUAAGGACGCCACCCUUGCAUUCCUGCAUGUCCUGAAUUACCGACAUGAGGGCUUCCGCAUCCCCCGCACUGUACCUGCUUCUCUCCGCGCCUCGUUUGAAAACAACAAGAUCGAUUACCAGGUCGACAAUGCUCGCCCAGCGCAGAGAUGGGGUGCGAAUGGCGACACAGAGACGCCAACUGGACGGAAGUCUAAAUUCGGAGAUACAUACCUGAGUCGGUUGGGUGUCGGAGGGAAAUCGGCCUACACUCCUAAGGGAACGGAUUUCAGCGACACUAUCCAGGAUGAAGAGUGGGAAAAGGUCCGCCUGAGGCGCGAGCUAGCAGAGAUGGAAGCCAAGUUGAAUUCCGCGCAAAAAGCCUCUGAAGGGGGUAGGGACCGGCCCAGGAACGACGGCAGACCAAAUUGGGUUUUAAUCAAGAAGGAAGCGCUUCAGCUUCUGGAGUACAAGGAACGUGAGCUUCGCGAGUUGAGAGAAGGUACGGGCAAGUCCAAGGAGGGCCAAACCAUAGAACGGCUCAGGGAGGAUGUGAAUACCGUCGGGGAACAAGUAGAGGGGCUAAAGAGCCAUCUUGCCAAACGGAACGAAGCCCUCGCUGAUCUACGAAGAAAGAUCGAAGAAGCAAAGGUUUCACGGUAGUAGUAAUGUUCCUUGUUGUUCUUUUGCUUUUUUUCUUCUGGAAUAUAUUCUGAGUACCCUCAACCCUCUGAUAUUGCUCGAUUUCUCUGUGCAAGGUUUCCCGUGAUUCUUUACCUUCAUGUACAGCCAUUUCUUUGGCGAGGAGCUUCAGGCGCUUAAUGGAUGCAUUGUUUUUCUUUUAUCUUUUCAUGAUAUAUUAGAGGAUUUAUCAAAUCCUAUUUAUUGCAUUGCAUAUCAGGCCUACCCAUCAUAUGUACAUUAUAUAAACCGUCCCGACGGCCUAAUUUACAGGCUUCUUUUCUUAUGUUAGGUUUCUA